AUGUCGAGACUGCUAUCCUCCCAGGUCAAUAAUCACCAACACACAAGCGUGUUUUGCUAUAGAUGUCUUAAAUCAUUCCGGUCAAAGACUUCACUAGAAAAACAUCUCGAGUACUGCGCCAAAAACGAGGAGGUUAAGAUUGAAAUGUCUGUAGAUGAAGAUGGGGGUCCCCUCCAUGCUUACUUUAAGAAUCACACCAGGGAAAUGCGAGUCCCCUUCGUUGUCUACGCCGACUUUGAGAGCGUUACAGAGAACAUAGACACAUGUUCCCCGGAUGAGGGGAGAAGCUUUACUAAGCAAUACCAGAAGCACAAACCAUCAGGUUACUGCUAUCUCAUCAAGUGCUUUGACGGUCAAAUAUUUCCACCCAAGCUUGUGCGACACACAGCUGAGUCCCCCGACGAGGAUAUCCCACAGAUGUUUGUAGGGAGUUUAGAGUCAGACAUUAUGGACGUUUACAAUAAGUUCAAGUUCACUAAGAGGGUUAAGACGACUCUGAAGGACGAAAUCGCCUAUAACAACGCCACUCACUGCCACAUCUGUGAGGGUGAGUUAGGAGGGGACAAAGUUCUAGAUCACUGCCACCUUACAGGAAGGUAUAGAGGAGCUGCCCACAACGAAUGCAACCUUCAGUUUAGGAUUCCGAAGUUCUUUCCUGUCGUCUUUCACAAUCUGUCUGGGUAUGACAGUCAUCUGUUUAUCAAGAACCUCGGCACAUCAGAAGGCGGGAUAAACUGUAUACCAAACAACGAAGAGAAAUAUAUCUCGUUUACAAAACAGAUUGUGGUCGAGGGUAAGCAGGUUGACAUGAAACGGGACAUAAGAUUCAUCGACUCCUUUAGAUUUAUGGCAACUAGCCUUGAUAGUUUAGUUGGCGAUCUUACUAAGUGUGGGAAGUGUGAGGUAUGUAAGCCCGGAGAUUGUGUGAGGAGAUACGUAAAAGAUGGGAGGGUCGUUCGGUUCGAGGGUAUUGGUAGAUGUGAUAGAUGUAAGAAUUGCUUGUUAGCUGAAAGUAGGUGUCUUUCCCCAACGGAUAAGAACAUCGCUGAAGCUAAAAAGUAUUUUGGGGGUACGGUGGAUAUGAUGUUAAGAAAGGGCGUUUUCCCAUACGACUGGUUCGACGACAUCGGCAAACUCGACGCGACCCAACUCCCACCAAAAGAGGCGUUCUACUUCAGACUCAACGACACUGACAUAUCGGAGGAAGAUUAUCAACACGCCCGGGAGGUGUGGGAAGCCUUCGAGAUGAAGACCAUGAGGGAUUACCAUGAUCUCUAUCUUGAAUCUGAUGUGUUACUGUUGGCCGACGUCUUCGAUAGCUUCAGAAAUGUUUGUCUCGGGAACUAUGGUCUAGACCCAGCCUGGUAUUACACAGCACCUGGUCUUGCAUGGGACGCUGCUUUGAAAAUCACCAAGGCGCGUCUAGAGUUGCUGACAGACUAUGACAUGCUGCUCAUGAUCGAGAGAGGCGUUCGCGGAGGUGUUUCCAUGGUGUCUACUAGAUAUGGUAAAGCUAACAAUCCAUACAUGGGGGAGUAUGACCUCAACCUACCCACAAAGUACAUCACAUAUCUUGAUGCAAACAACUUAUACGGCUGGGCAAUGAGUAAACCUCUGCCGACUCAUGGGUUCAGAUGGAUGACUGACCGAGAGAUAGCAGGUUGGGAGGAUCGUCCAUGCAUUCUGGAGGUUGACUUGGAGUAUCCUCAUCAUCUACAUGUCCUGCAUAAUGACUACCCAUUAGCUCCAGAGUCCGUUAAGGUUGAUAACGUUGAAAAGUUAAUCCCAAACCUCAACGAUAAGACGAAGUACGUGGUUCAUCACGAGACCCUGAGACUCUACAUAAGUCUUGGACUGAAGGUUACCAAGAUUCAUAGGGGUAUCACCUUCGAAGAGUCUGCGUGGCUGAAGCCCUACAUCGACUUAAACACCGGCCUAAGGGUGAGAGCGACUAACGAUUUUGAGAAAGACUUCUUCAAGUUGAUGAACAACUCCGUUUUUGGGAAGACCAUGGAAAACAUCAGAAACAGAGUGGACAUCCGCCUGGUCACGAAUGAAUCCCAAGCUCGCAAGUUGAUAUCGAAGCCAAACUAUCAACACCGCACCAUCUUUUGCGAGAGUCUAGCUGCUAUUCACAUGAAGAAAACAAAGUUAGUCUUCGAUAAACCUGUCUACUUGGGUAUGUCCAUUCUGGAUCUAAGUAAGACGCUAAUGUAUGAUUUUCAUUUCAAUUACAUCAAGCAAAAAUAUGGUGAAAAGGCGAGGCUCUUAUUUACCGAUACAGACAGUUUGAUGUAUGAGAUUGAAACAGGAGAUUUUUACGAGGACAUCAGCCCUGAUGUGAAAUCUGUGUUUGACACGAGCAACUAUCCAAAGGACCACCUGUCUUGUAUCGAGACAGGUGUGAACAAGAAAGUCAUCGGUAAGUUCAAAGACGAAGCAGGUGGUAAGCAGAUAACCGAGUUUGUAGGUCUGCGGGCCAAGCUCUACGCAUUCGAAAUGGAUGGUGGGAGAGAAGAAAAGAAAUGCAAGGGCGUGAAGAGAGCAGUCGUUAAGAAGUGCAUCAGUUUCGGUGAUUACAAAGAUUGCCUACUCAAUGAACAACCGCAGAUGAGGAAAAUGAAUGUUAUUAGAAGCCGUAAACACGAAGUUUACACUGAAACGGUUAACAAGGUCGCCCUAUCUCGUGAGGAUGACAAGCGAAUCAUUUGUGAAGAUGGUAUACAUACUUUUGCUAAUGGGCAUCAUUCUAACACAGAAUUAGGGGGUAACUCAGUAUCUUCAGGAACGGCUUGA